GCGACCUGAACGCAGCGCCUUAGACCGCUCGGCCAUCCUGACUAGAAACAUAUAAUAGAACAACAAUUUGUUCUAAAUUAUUAGUAUGCCUACUUCCUGAGUCCAUAGCCUGCUAUAGUGUCAUACUAAGAGUCCAACUCAGCGUCGACUGCAGCCUCCAGUUCGACUCAAGUCCCUCCCACGGGAAACAUAUGGCCGAGCCAGCUUCAGGUUUCACGAGGGAAAACUACCAGCGAGCUGUCUCUUUUAACUCUGUACCAUGAGGUGGUCUUCUCUCCUCCUGCUCUCCUUCCUCUCUGGUGUGAUGGUGGUUCGGGGGGGCUCAGACUUUAGAGUCUGUGCCUUCAACCUCCAUCACUUUGGGGAUUCGAAGUCUAAGAAGAGCACUGUCAUGCACACUCUUACCAGGAUCAUCGCUCGCUGUGAUGUGUGUUUGCUUCAGGAAGUGAGAGAUAGUAAAGAGAAAGCUUUACCAAUGCUGCUUACAAGCCUCAACAGCUAUGACGCCAAACAUAAGUACGACGCUGUGGCCAGUGAGAGGCUGGGCAGAUCUGAAUCAUACCAGGAGCAGUACGUGUUCGUUUACAGGACUGAUACAGUGACUCUCACUGACCAGUACCAGUAUCCUGAUGAUCGACCAGGAGAUGUUGAUGCUUUCUCCAGAGAACCUUUUGUUGUCCGCUUCAAAGCCCCCAAGACAACUAUAAAGGAGUUUGUCCUCAUACCCCAGCACACCACUCCAGUCAACACCACGAAGGAGCUUGAUGCACUGUAUGAUGUCUUACAACAUGUGAAAAAGAUGUGGAAAACUGAGAAUGUGAUGCUUCUUGGUGACUUCAACGCUGACUGUGGCUACCUCGCUAAGAAGAACAGGAAGAAUGUGCGUCUGAUCACAGACACAGAUCUCGUUUGGCUCAUCGAAGAUAAAACUGACACCACCGUGCGAUCGACCACCUCCUGCACCUACGACAGGAUCGUUGUGCAUGGGGCAGCAUUUACAAGAGAAAUUGUGCCUCUUUCUGCAAAACCAUAUAACUUCCAAACAGAGUUCAGACUAACAGAGGAGCAGGCGCUGGAGGUCAGUGAUCACUACCCAGUGGAAGUGCUGCUGAAGGUCGUCAAGUCAAGAUUCCCUUUCAAUGAUGCAACUUCUCUAACCAGCACAAAGCUCCUCUCUUUCUUCGUCCUCAGCCAUCUUGUCUCUCGAGUGUUCACAUGACAACUGAAAAAUAAACUCUGUGGAGCUUUGUUCCUGAAGACAAUCUCAGAACAGAUUUCUUCAUGGACUGAUGAGAACUGUAUAAUUAUCCAAUGUGUAGACGUGCCAAACAUUAGCACGUUAAAACUUCACAGAAAUGGCCCUCCAGGUUUCAAAUUCAGGGUUAGAAAAGGAUAAAAACUGGAAAUUACACAACUGUUAUAUAAUUCAUCCUAUUUCACAGUAAUUCAUCUACCCAUGUACCUGCAGGAGUCCUCAGUAUGAUAACGAAUCUUUGCAUCAUUGCGCUAUAGCAAUAAAAAAACUACAGUAAAACUGUUUACUUAAUGAUAAUGAUGAUGAUGAUAGGCCAAGAAUGACAAUGGAUUCACGCCAAACAAGUCAACAAUGCUACACAAUAUAUGCAAAAUUUGCCACAUUCGCUUCACUAACUUGAGUUAAAAUAUACAACCAAAUAAACAUGAGCGAAAUACUUUUUUAUUUGAUGUCACGAAAGCCAAUCAGCGUUGAGAAUGGAACACACUGUUGUCGCGUUCGACCAAAUUUAGCAGGCCACCUCGUCAGCCUCAGGUAGCUCUGCAAACGACAGUCAUCCAGAUGCAGUUUCUGGAGGAGAAGGUGAAAUCACCAAGUUGUGUUUACCUCCAGCUGCACCACCAACACACAACUACGCUAGUUACUCAGGGAUUUCCACAACAUGUACAACGCAGCGACAGUUGUCACUUCAGCCAGCAGUCCUCCUCUCCUCUCUUCCAGAGUGGAAUGGGCAAAUAUCUUUUAGAUGGUGUUUACUCAUGUUGCUCACCUGAGUACAAGUUAACACAAAAGACAGCACAAUCACACAUAUACAAAUGUGCAAGCGGGGAGGCGACAAAUCACUCUUAUUAAAUGUUGAUUUCUUAUGAAUGGAAUAAACAAUGCACUUUGUCAAUA